AUGGCAGGUCCCGAAGGAGCAAUCAUCAACGCUUCGGCGAUGCAGAUCGUCCGUGAGUCCUUUUCUUAUCGUGUACACUGCGCACCUAGGCUCGCUCCCUUACGCCAAUCUAAUCCCGUUUCCCAGCAGAGCUCUGAGACCAAACUCGGGGUUUGGAGAAUAUGAGUGUUUUGGUGUGGGACUGGAAUUAAAUGCAAAGAGUAAAAAAGAGAGAAAGGGAGCGGCGGGCGGACUCUCCGUCUUCUGAAGGGAACGACGACGGACCGAAUGCAUGACAGCCUGAUUGAUGUGUUUGACGUGAUUACAAAUUGGGGACAAGCAAAAAGAACCUGGAUGCAAGCAUUCCCAUUCCCCUCGUAUAUAGUUGUUUCCAUGUUUUCCCUUAGGUCGGAAUUUACAGACGAGAUUGGAAUUGAGGUGCACGGUGAGUUGAUUAGGUUUAGAACGCGAGCGAUGACUCAUUUCCAUCUGGGUUCUUUGCGUUCAGAAUUUGUAAUUGUUUCCGUUCUUUCUUAAAACACUUUCAAGGAAAGAAUUUCAGAAAUCCAUCACUACGCGGAGAAUGUUCGAUCUCAAGAAGUGGAUAAACUGUAUCAGGACGACGCUGUUUGGAUUAUUUCCAGCAGUUUCAUUAUAUUCACAAUGCACUCAGGUAACCUCCGUCCUCCCAAUUAGCCCCUCUUAUUCCCGUUUUUUCAGGGUUUGGUCUUCUUGAAUCUGGAAGUGUUUCUGCAAAAGAUGAAGUGAAUAUAAUGGUCAAAAACGUAGUGGAUGUAGUUUUCGGCGGCUUAUCCUAUUGGUCCGUCGGUUUCGGUCUUUCGUACGGCGAUUACGAACCGUUUCGAAACGCGUACGUCGGUUUCGGCAAGUUCUUUUAUGACCCGACAAGAGAGUUCGGCAGCAAAGAGUUUAUAAACCAAGAGGGAUGGUCCUAUGCAUCCUUUCUCUUUCAAUUAUCAUUAGCAACGACGGCAUCGACAAUUGUGUCAGGUGGGUGAAAAGGAAAACAGAAGACUGGGGACGUCAUCGUGCUGACGUGAUGUUUUGUAGGAGCAGUGGCAGAAAGAGCCAAGUUGAAGUCGUAUAUUCUGCUCGGCUGCCUCGUCAUCCUUAUACAAGCACUGCCGGCGCAUUGGGUGUGGGACAAAGAAGGCAUCUUCUACAAGAAGGGGGUUGUCGACUUUGCCGGAUGCUCUGCAGUGCACAUGGUCGGAGGGAUCAUUGGAUUGAUUGCCACUGUGUACUUGAAGCCGAGAAGGAAUCGGUUCAACGAGGACAGCGUGCAUCAGAUGAGCAGUCCGACGAACGCACUUCUGGGAACAUUCCUUCUGUGGUGGGGAUGGUUCGGAAUCAACGCGGGCUCGGUGUGGGGAAUAACCGGAGGUCGGUGGAGGUUGGGAGCCAGAGCCGCAGUUGCCACAAUAAUGAGUUCGAUUGGAGGCGGGGCAACUGCAAUCACUAUCAGUUUUGUGAGAACGAAGAAGCUGCAAGUUAACUACCUCAUCAAUGGCAUUCUCUCUUCAAUUGUAUCAAUCACAGGUCGCACAGUUCUCAUCAAAUGCCGAAAACCGCUUCGUUUUCAGCCCUUUGUGCAGUUUCCCGUCCGUGGCAUGCUCUCGUGAUCGGUUCGAUAUCUUCUGUCUUCUCAAUAAUAGUCCUCCCUCUUCUGGAUCGCCUUCACAUUGACGAUCCGGUCGGCAUCGUGCCAAUCCAUCUGACUUCUUCCAUCUGGGGGAUGAUUGCAGUCGGAAUAUUCUGUGAAGAAGACAAAUACUUGGUACAAAUUUUCUGACCGAACUUGGAAAAAUAAUCGGAUUAUUGUAGACAAGUGCGACAAACAACAUGUCCGGGCUGAUCUACUCGUGGAGCUUCAAACUGCUUGGAGUACAACUCCUCUGCACAAUCACCAUUCUGAUCUACUCGGCGGCCACGGGCUUUCUUGUUCUUUUCGUGAGUUACUACGGAAAACAAGGCAAUUCUCCUGUCAAAUUGAUUUCAGUUGAUAAGUAAGAGUCCACUUGGACUACGUGUAACGGACUACGAAGAACAGAUCGGAGCUGACGUCAUCGAGCACGGAUUGGCUGGAACCAAUGUGGCCAGAUAUGUGCUGGAGAAACCCCUGUCCACUAGGUGAUAUCUGAAAUGUCUCCAGAAGAUGAAUUCAUUUUUCUACAGAACAUUUCAAACAGUGACAAAAGCCAUCACGAAAUGGAAAAUGCUGGCAAAACAGAAGAGUCGCCAGAAGAGAAUGGAAGCGGCAAAGUUGAAGAGGCAGGAGGAGCAGGCCGUGUUUGCACAGACAAAUGGAAGUUAGUCGGGGAUCAAAAUGUGACCAAGGGCUGAUGAUUUCUUUUCAGCAGCAGGGGUUGCAAAUGGGAACGGCAAUGUGUUGCAUCACAGAACGAAUGCAGCGAGCAAUAACGGAGCAGUGACUGCUCCUAAGAGAGCAAAUGGACCUGCGUUCAACAACCAGGUCGCACCCAUCAGCAGUACAGGUUGGGAAGCGAGUAAGACCGAUCGGAGAAUGAUCUUUUCAGCUACAACCGCUCGUAAUCCUUCAAGUGCAAGAAGGAUAGAGGCAACAACAAUUCAAAUAGAGCAUCCUUCUGAAGCAGGAGAGCCUUCCAGUUCAGCAGACACAACGGCGAUAGAGAUGGAACACGUAGAGAAUGUUCCAUCAGAAGAGCCUACAAGUUCAGCAGAACAGACUCAACCUGAUGCUCCAGCAGCAGAAGAACAGGCGAAGCCACGUUCUGCUGCUUCCCAGAGGUGGAAUCAUCCGAGAGAAAAAACUGGCACAUCAAUCGAAUGAUUUGCAGAACUUCAUCCGCAAGAUCAGCCAUGUCGCAAAAGACCUCAACGUCAACAGCCGCAGCUCCUCCGAUCGUUGCGACUCCAGCCGCAGCUCCUCCUCCUUCUUCCAGCACUGAGAACUCCAGGACAUCUACCUCUCACUCGCGGAAAUCGAAAUCCAAAAGUAACACGACAGUGGGUAAGUUUAUAAAAGCACCGGCUCCGCGAACAAUUCCUGCCCCCGACGACGACGCCGAUGUAAUUUAA